AUGGAUCAUACUCAAAGAUAUAAGGGCAAGGGACCGGGAAUUAUUCUUACUCCUGAAGAAAAGCACGUAUAUAGCCAACUUUUUCAAGCUGCUGACGAGGAUAAAAAAGAUGUGAUUACUGGAGCAAGUGCCGUGAAAUUUUUUGGGAAAUCUGGCUUGCCUCCUCAAGUAUUGAGCCAAAUCUGGCAAUUCGCUGAUAGUGAAAAUGAAGGUUUUUUGACCAAACAAACCUUUUGCGUCGCGAUAAAAUUAAUUGCACAAGCUCAAAAUGGCAAAUCACUCGAUCCGGCAAACAUUAACGCUGACGUACCUCUCCCUCGGUUUGAAGGUGUCUAUAUUGAGCCAUAUCAAAAGUUAAGUGGACCAGAGAUAGCAACAAAUAAUGCAAUUACAAAUGAAGAUCGCGAAAAAUAUAAAGCCAUGUUUUAUAAACUCAAACCAGUAAAUGGCAUUUUAGAUGGCGAAAAGGCUAGAGACAUUUUUAUGAGAUCAAAGUUACCUGUUGAAAAGCUUGGUCAAAUUUGGACUUUGGCUGACACAAAACACCGCGGACAAUUGGAUUUGCCAGAGUUCAUAAUUGCUAUGUCUUUGAUUCAACAAAUCAUGAAGGGUACAAUCAAAACGCUUCCUACUGAACUUCCAAGUGGAUUUUACGAAAUGGCAUCAGGAAUAGUUACAAGUAACCCGACUUCACCAAAAUCUCCACCUUUUUUGGCUAGACAUGUGACAGUUUCAGCUGGUUCACCUAGAUCAGGACAGUCUCCCGUAUUUGGACACACGUCAUUAAAUUCAAGUAUAACGACGGCACAGGAUAAUUCCUGGGAUGUGACUGAAAAAGAUAAGGAAUCAUAUGAUCGGUUUUUUGAAACUCUCGAUGAAAAGAGUAGAGGCUUUCUCACAGGCGCCGAGGCAGCCAAUUUCUUUAUGAAAUCAAAUUUGACUCCGGAACAGUUGGCUCAAAUAUGGGACCUUGCGGACGUUAGUAAAUCUGGUCGUCUUAAUCGAGAUGAAUUUGCUGUUGCUAUGUAUUUAAUUAAUAAAAAAUUGAUGGGUAGUCCACUACCUACAACUUUACCAACGAGCCUAAUCCCACCAUCAAUGCGAUCUAUAUCUGCAAGCCCAUUUGCUGAUGUAAAAAGAACGGCAACAAUGGGUAACAAUAACUUUGGUAGUAGAUCGCGUGCUGCUGCUUCUCAAUUAAGCGAUGCUGAUUUAUUCUUUGAUUCAUCACCUCGAGUUUCCUCACCUAGUCCAUUUUUUUCAAGUACUUCUCAGAUUGUAAGCGAAGUCGAUCUGCUUGGUGACACCGAUAUAAAUACUAAGAUGGCACUUGAAAGCGGUGAAAUAAAAAAUUACAAAUUACAAUACGAUAAUUUAAACGAUGCGGCUUCCGAACUUAAAACCAAUCGGGUAAACAUGGAAUCUAAUAUGUCUGUAUUGUCUACACAAAAACAAGAUAUGAUAAUACAAAUUUCACAUAUCCGUACAUUAUAUGAAUCAGAAAAUAAAGCUAUGAGAGAAGUCAAAGCUAAAUAUGAUUUGGAACAUGAAAGUUUCGAAAAGGUCAGACAAGAGCUUUUGGAGGUAGAAAAAAUACUUAAAGCGUUACAACUAGAAAGAGAACAAUUACAAAGUAAUAUCAAAAAAGACCGGGAUGAAACACUUGAAAUUGUGAGAAGGAUGAGAGCCGCAGAAGAAGAAACCGUGGUAAUUAAAGCUGAGAUAGAAAAGCUCAAAAAAGAUGGCAGACAACAAAAAGGACGACUUGCAAUAAAUAGGAAACAAUUAGUAGCUGCUGAGGGAGAAAAAGAAAAGUUAUCCAAAACCUUGCAAAGUUUUGAAGAUAAAGACAGCUCAUCACAAAAUGCAAAUGAUCAUCCAUUUGGUACUGGGAUAUUUACGUCUCAAGUAUUUAAUCAAUCAAAUACCUCACAAUCGUCAGGAAUUGAUUUCAAUGAGUCGGGUAACCUUCAAAAAUUAUCCAAUCAUAGUCAUAAUGGUUCCUUAUCUUCAUUAAAUGGAUUUGGUGUAAAAAGAUCCAUUUCAAAUGCAUCCAUUGCCUCUAAUUCAACCUUAGGAACUUCAAGCGUCAAAUCGGCACCUUUGAAUAUUAUCAAAUCAGAUGAAGCUUCCCUUGAUAAACCUGCAACUGUAUCAAGUUCUAAACCUACUGUAUAUGAGAAUCUUUUAAGUGAUCAAUUAUUAAGCGCUUCACAAGAGAUUACAUCUACUGCUAAUGGUGCAGAAAGCAAUAAAAUUGCAAAUCCUUUUGAUUCUACCUUCAAGGAUCCUUUUGGUGGAUUUGGUAUUCAAAAUAAUGAUGAAAGUGUAUCACAGCAAAACAUGGUUAAAGAAAUUGAAAAAACCGAAACCGAUCCAUUUGCAUCAUUUUCUAACUUGGACAAUAUUCCAGCAUCUGGCAAGUCAGGUUUUGAUUCAACCUUUUCUUCUACAUUUGCCAUGUCAAAUAAAGAUAAUUUAAGUUCUGAUUCAUUUACGAAGGAAUUUCCUACUUUGGAAGAAAUCGAAGCUUCUGUAACGGGGAAUAUAUCUAAUUUGGGGUUUGAUAAUGAUUUUACUAGUUUCAAAUCUAAUACCGACGAGAACUUAUCAAAUCAGAAUAAUUUGAUUGAUAGCGAAAGUUCAGCUCAAAAUGAGAAAGCCGAAGAUACCCUUAUAAAUGAAAAUAAAAGGAUAUCUCAAGAAUCUGCACCAGUAAAUAAUGUAGAAGUAGAAAUUAAGAAUGAUAGCAAAGAUACGAGACAUAUUUUUAAUAAGGACGGAUUUCCGUUCGCUGUUGUUUCUGAUUCAGGAGAAUCACCCGAGACUUUUCCACCGGUUCAAGAUUCUGAGACUUGGGUUGCUAUUGAAAGAUCUGCUACAAAUACUGCUACAUCACAGGAUGAUUUUGAUGCAGCCUUUGGUGAUUUAACAGAAGCCAAAGUUACCAAAACUCCACCUAUACAGUUUGAUGCAGGGCUUGAUGAUGGGGAUUUUGAGGAAGAUGUUAAUUUUACCUUUGAUGCUCCUUCAACACCCGCAAAUCCUAAUAAUUCUGUCCCAGGUUUAACAAAUGAUGUUUUCUCGAAGCCAUCUACAAUAGAUUUUGAUAAAACAUUUGAUGAUUUUGAUCCAUUUUCACCGAUUGCGGUGUCAUCCAACAAGCCUAAAUCUAAUUUGGAUGCAGCUUUUGGUGAUAUUUCUACUCAACCACCUAAAAUAAAUUCUGAUAUUGGUUUCGAUGAUGCGUUUGCGGAAUGGAUGCCAACUUCUAAGACUGAUAACCAAUCCACUAAAUUAACAAAAGCCUCGGCAGCAUCUCAACAAAAUUUACAACAAAAUGGGGUAGCUUCAGAUGAUGAUAUUGAUGAUGUAAAAAGUCUUAUAUCUAUGGGUUAUACCAGAGAGAAAGUUAUUAAUGCUCUUGAACUCAAAAAUUAUGAUUUUGAAAAAACAGUUGAAUUUCUGGUCGAUAACUCAUAA